GUCCACAUUUUUUUGGGGAUAAGAGGUUGCACGCUAUGCCCUGAAUGAAUUGUGGCCAUUUAUUUCAUGAUUGAUUUUUAUCUUUUCCUCGAUUGUUGAUAAUGCUGAUGUGACGACCACAAUUUGAGUCUCAAGUAAUAUUCCAGUCGUUUUACAAUACAAAAUUAUCUGAAAGCUCUUUUGAAGAGAAUGAAUUUUGCGAACAACCGCAGAACCUCCGGUUUGCUAGCAUUGCAGCAUAACGGACUGCAAUAGCAUAAAAGUGCCCGAAGAUGCCGCUGUUUUGUGUAGAGUCUAUUUUUCUUAUAGCGUCUAUGAUUAUGUAAGUUUACGUGAACGAGAAUAACUGUUUCCGGAUUUUUACACGAAACAUGGCUGUUGCUAAAGGGCUUAUGAAGAAGGCCUUCAGCACUUUGUUUAUACCUUCCUCUUCUGUAUGGCCAGCAGUCUGCCAACCACCCAGAUCAUAUGCAACAUCUUUUGUGCCUUUGCCUGAGGAAAAUGGAACAGCUGCAAGUUCAGAUUCUUUAGAAAGAUUGUUAAUGGAACCACUGAAGCAACCAGAUUAUUUCCAUGUCAAAGAGCUGUACUCUCUUAAAGAGCUGUUUGAUGCCAGAGUGCACCUUGGCCAUAAGAGGGGCUGUCGACACAGGUUGAUGGAACCGUACAUAUUUGGCUGCAGGUUAGAACAAGAUAUCAUUGACUUGGAUAAGACUGUUGAUCACCUACAGCAUGCUCUUAACUUCACUGCCCAUAUCGCUUAUCGCAAAGGCAUUAUUCUGUUUGUGAGCCGAAGUCGUCAGUUUAGUCACCUCAUUGGGAAGACAGCCAAAGACUGUGGAGAAUAUGCCCAUACUCGCUAUUGGCAAGGUGGUUUGCUUACUAACUCAAAUAUCCAGUAUGGUGUUGGAGUCAGACUGCCAGAUUUGAUCAUCUUCUUUCACACACUGAAUAAUGUUUUUGAACAGCAUACAGCUGUGAGAGAUGCAGCAAAAAUGAAUAUUCCCACAGUUGGUAUAGUAGAUACAAACUGUAAUCCAAGUCUUAUCUCCUUCCCUAUUCCUGGGAAUGAUGAUACACCAUCUGCUGUUGAACUGUACUGCCGGCUAUUCAAAAUGAGUGUUAUUCGAGGCAAAGACAAAGAAAACAAGCAGAGCUGCUUUAUGGCCUAUAAUAAUAAAAAUGUGUGUGGUCCUUUGGGAGCAAAGUUCCUUUCAGAUGGGCAGUGCUUGGCAAAGAGAUUGAGAUGAGUCAUUUUCUUGGGGGUAUUUAAAAAAAGUUUGAAAGAUUUUUCAAGGGAACAUAAUGCCUGUGUUGUGAGGCUCUACCAUUUCCUUGCAUCUGUCAUCAAACACUAUGAUUUUUGCUUACCUGGGAGGAUUUUUUUUUAAAUAACCAAUUUUACAAAUGUUGCCCAGCUUAAAUUUUUCUGAUAACAGAAGUCCACUGUAGAUGCUUUAUUUAAGUACUUCAUUUACUUGUCAACCAAGUUGUAAACCAGUGUUUAAUAAAAUUAUAUUAUGAGCCAAAUGAA